CAAGCAGAGAGACCCGCCAGGCCCACGCGGACCACGCUCACACUCCUCAGGAUGGUGUCCUGCAAGACUGUGGCUGCCCUGCUGGUGGUUCAUGUUGUUGCUCUGCUGGCCUCCCAGACAGAAGCCUUCGUUCCCAUCUUCACCUACAGCGAGGUCCAGAGGAUGCAGGAAAAGGAGCGGACCAAAGGGCAAAAGAAAUCUCUGAGUGAACAGCAGAGGUCUGAAGAGAUGGGUGCUCUGGACCUCGCGGAGCCCACAGGGGAGAAAGAAGACCAAGUUAUCAGGCUGACUGCUCCCAUGGAAAUUGGAAUAAGGAUGAACUCCAGGCAGCUGGAAAAGUACCGGGCUGCCGUGGAAGGGCUGCUGAGCAAGCCAAAUGACAGCCCACUGCACUCCUGGGAGAAGGUGGUGGGUGGCAGAAACUGAGAGGCCCACCCCCAGGGAGGCCCCGGAAGGCUGCAUGGCCUGGCAGUGGGACUGGAAGAAAAUCACCUUCUCCCAAGCAAAUCCCCCUCCAGCGAAUAAA